UUCUACAGAAGAUAAGGAAUGAUUCAUCUAGUAAUGAUGAGAAAGCUUCUCUUUUCUUGGAGACUAUUAAUGAUGAUUCUAUUAUGAUAUCUGCACUGAGACAAGAUAAGAAACAACAUGAUAAAGGAGUCACUGGGAGUCUGCACUGGUACAGUAACAGUGUAUCCCUUAUCUCUCCAACUCUAGUUCAGUGUAAUGAAGUGAUUAGUAAUAUUAAUAAUAAUCAUUGCAAGAUUCAACUUGACUCCUCAUCUACUAAUAGUACAGUAUCUCUACUAUCAUCAACUAAACUGCAUACACUAAACCUGAGGAGACUUGAGAUAUGGUACACUCCAUUAACUAAUGAUUGUAUCCAGUACUUGUGUAUACUACUAACUAAUAAUAAAACAAUACAAGAACUAGACAUCAGUCACCACUCCAUUAGUGAUAGAGGAGUUACUAAUAUCUGUCAAGCACUUGAACACAACUCUACACUUACCUCAUUAGAUCUUUAUUGUAAUCCUCUCAUCACUUCUACUAGUGGACUGGCUCUUUCUCAUCUCCUCCUCAGUAACUCAUCACUAAUUGAACUGGAUCUGAGGUGGAGUAUAUUGUCUACUGAAUCAAUACUACUCAUCCUCCAGUCACUAAUGGAUAAUAAGAAGAUAAGGAGACUCAGGCUAGACAGUCGACACAAAGAGACUUGUAUUAAUACUUAUCCUAACUAUCACCUCAUACAAGACAGAGUAGACUGGGGGUAUUUCUAAUCACUCUUCAUGUGAACUUGUAUAUCUUCACCAAAAACAAGUGACCAAUCAGAAUGCACUAUACAUAAAAGGCUGAUUUGUUAUUUUUAUUAAUUCCAUUAUUAAUUUUUUUGAUAUACAUUAUUUCAUAAUCUCAUUCUAAUCAAUUAG